UAGGUUAAUUUAUAUUUGUUUAGCUUAUAUUUUUUAUUACUAUUCUUAUGCAAUAGCAGUUUCAACUAAAUUAAUAGAAAAAUGGCUACAAAGAUGGAUCCAUAUAGUUGUCCAAACAUUUGCCCUAAAGAGGGUCGAUAUGAUACCGAAAGUACCAAACAAGAAAUUACUACCGUACGGCAACAUGAAAAUAUCCACGCUGCACCGUAUGUACCCGGAUUGAUCAAACCCCCAGAGCCCAAGAUUUAUCCUCCGGGUGCUCCCCCUAAAUAUCUACCACAGCCUACAGAUAGCACUAGUGGUGACAUUCUAGGAAUGGGACCCAUUGGUCCAUGGGCAGCUGGUCACUUAGACUGGACGCCGCAAGCAGGAACCACAGGAGUUAGACCAGUUGUUGACAAAUACUCUAUAACAAGAUACUCUACUGGCGAAUGGCGUAAAAAAAAUGAGUACAUUCUAACUCCUCGCGCCACUGAUAAAGCGAAAGCUUUGGAAAUUCAAACUAAAAAGGACAUUGAAAAUGCUUUUACCAAUUUAGACAACAAACUAAAUGAUUCAAACGCAUUGUUGGAUAAAAGGACUAAAGAUUUGGCACAUUGGAAACAACAAACUGAAAAGGCACUCCAAGCUAUAACUGAUGAGAUUAACAUUUUAGAUGAAGAUAGAGCGCGUCUGAAAGGUGCGUGUAGAAUCUUAAUGAUGCCAGAAGCGAUAUCGAGAGAAUGCUUAGAAUUGCGCACGGGACGAUAUGAACCGGAUUUAGUACGAGAUGACGCUGAACAAGAACUAAUUAAAGAAGUAGCAAUUGUCGGUGAAAUAAGAAGAGUUUUUAUGAAUACUUUAGCAAAAGUUGAAGUACAAAUGGAAAAAAAUAAGGCAGCUAAGUCAUCUAUUGAAUUUGAUUGGAGCGAUAAAAUGAUUAGCUUAAAAGUAGAUAGAAGAAAUGUAUCACUUUCUCCUGAAUCAAAUUUAAUAUUGUACCAUCCCGGCGUGGCCAGGUGGCCUGAAAAUGCUACUACAUUGGAAUAUUGGCAACACUAUUGUGCAGAGGUCAUAAGAAAUUGCGAAGAAGUAAGACAAGAAUCUGAACAAUUGCGAGGAGAUCUUAUGACAGUCAUAACUAAGGGAAGUCAGGACAUGAAGUUACAGGCAGACAGAACUAAUUAUGCGUUGGCAGAAACAAUUGAAGCUACUGAAGCAAUGUGUGAAAACUUAGAAAAGAAUUUAAAGGAAAAUCUAAAAAAAUUAGCCGAUAUAGAAAACCUUAUAGAUUAUCUAAAAGAAUCUGUGCGAAAAGUAGAUGAAAAAAAUAAAUGUGUAAUGACAAGGUUACAUGCUAGGAAUUACGAACGAACAAGUGUGGAAAAUUGUAGGGAUGAGGCUCAAUAUGCUUUGAUUGCAGAAGCUAAGUUUAUUAAGGAGACAACCGAAUCACUGCAGAUUAAGAUGAGAGAUGCAGAGGCCGUAAGAUCAGAAUUAAUGAAGUAUCGCGGUGCGUUGGAGAAGGAUAUAGCGUGCAAACGUAAAAGUCUGAAUAUAGACAAGGAUAGGUGCGCCAGAGUUCGCGCGCAUAUGCCAACUCCUGAGGAAUUUGCUGCUGGAUAAACUGAAUACAAUAUUGCAAUAAAGUGAAUUUUGUCAAAUUUCUUGUAUGAAAUUUUACGUGAUUAAUAUUGAAUACGUUAAAUGUCAAU